CGCCUCUUACACGAGUCAGAGGGUUCGGUCUCGGUUUGGACAGACGAAUUGGUGCUACGAAUUGCUAGAUUUCCUCCACGAUGUUUACGACUCAAUAUAUCUGCUCGGCGUGCAGACGGCCCUCGGUUUUUCGACUAGUGAGGCGGCCGCAAAAUCAUUAUAUUCAUGCGUCGUCGUCACUUCAUCUUCCGCGACGAAAGGACUUCUUUUCUUCCAAUGCCUACUUGAGCCAGAAAAAUUCUCCACCAGAGAAUAAUGCAGAUUCCGUGGGUGAAUCGCAGAAGCAGCGGAGGAGAGCCGGGAGAGGCCCUGCAGCACCGACAUCCUUGCGAAGAGUUGCAGUGGAGGCUCAACGAUCAAAGGAUGGGUUCUUGUCUAGAUCACAAUUGAAGGAUAAUGGAAUAUAUCAAUUGAAGAAAACAGUGACUGCGUACGCUGUAGCUGAGCAAUUCGACAUCCGCAAAGUCAGAGAGAUCCUUCAGGAGAAAGGUUACGAGCCAGACCCGUUCGAAACUGGUCUAUACCCACAAGUUGUCCAUAUACAAGUGCCCCUGGACUCGAUUCGUCGGGUGAGCAACCCCGCAGCAACAGACUUGUCCGCGGACGAGGUCGGAGACGUUUUUGUUUUCCCUUCGGGUACGGUGGUGGCGUGGUCGCUUCCGGAAGGAUUCACGUCGUUCCUGGCAACAAGGACAUUGUUGCCCGCGGCCGAAGGCGCCCAUGUUGAUGACGUGGAGACAGAGGACCUUGAAUAUGUGGAAGACUUGCAGCGGGACAACAGUAGUAUCAAGGGCGAUACAAUCAUCCUUGGUACACUUUCGGAGGCUUCUCAGGAUCCAGGACUAUUGUCCCGGCCGCGGCAAUCCGUGGACACUGUGUUGACAAAGGUCGCUUUCUCCUCUGGGUUAGCACGCAGUACGAAGCUUGCCGUGCUUGAACGUCUCCUGUCGGACUAUUUCGAGUCUACCAGAGCUAUCCCUACACUUAUGUCCAGAGGCGCUCGUCUUCCUUUCACGCGAGACUUUAUCCUUCGCAAGACAGGCCAACUUCUCAGCGUACGUGCGCAAUUGAACCUCUAUUCAGAGCUCACGGACUCGCUGCCGGAUAUCUUCUGGGAUAGUCGACACGACCUCGGUUUAGAAGGUUAUUACGAACAAGCCGGACGAGCUUUGGAUGUCGGGAUUCGGAUAAAACUCCUAAACGAAAAGAUGGACUACGCGCAAGAGAUAGCUAGCGUGCUCCGCGAGAGACUGAGCGAGAAACAUGGCCUUCGACUCGAGUGGAUCAUCAUUCUUCUUAUUGCUGUGGAAGUCGGCUUCGAAGUCCUUAGGCUUUGGAAGGAGCGAAUGCAUGAAGACAGUCCUCAAAAAGAACAGCUUCAUGAGUGAUGGGGAAACGUAUAUACUUGGCUGGCUAUUUUCGGCGAAUUUGGUCGAACCGCAUUUUGUAUUAUCAUUUGAGAUACCCUCCAAUCUUGCAUAUGGAAUAUAGAAACAACCAGAAAUAUGUAGUCCAGCAUACUAUAACUACUCAAG